UGCCCGACGGAAGGACGUGUAUUCGAAAUUCAAAAUUCGAUACGCUACGUGUUUGUGAAGUGAGAGUGAAGUGUACACUUUUGUGCGAGUGUAAAGUGAGUGACACUUUUGAUGGACUGAUUAAAGAAUGCACACACUAAAGGUUGCAACAUCGUUCGAAGCGAGGUAGCGAACUACCAACCUUAUAAUGACAAUAAAUUUAAGUGGAACGCGAUGUGAAACGCUAGCCCAAAUGUGACCCACAUAGUGCCAAAACAAUGUUUUGCUGUAAAGAACUAAAACUACUCUAUGCAACUAUUGUUCUACUGCUUGAAGCGGAGCUGUUAGUGAACACGGGUGCUAUGGAGUCGAAGCGGUCUUCCAUGAUGGUCGCGCAGAACGCCGAUGAUCUCAAAUCGUUGGAGCUCUGCACGACCAGAAAUCAGCAGAGGCUGGGUAGCGUUUUCGGAAACUUCACGAGACACCACAAAAAAGGUCACAGAAGAAGAACAACCACAACAACCACAUCAUCCACUCAGACAACCAUCCUCUAUACGACCAUUGAUGGUGAAGAUUCCACGGAGCCUUUUUCCUCUAGUGCCUCAACGUAUACACCUUACCCCAAACUACCGAAACCUCUCCGACUAUCAUCAGUACUAGAUAACAGUAAUGACGAGGACAUUAUAUAUAUAGACAACAUUAUAGACGAAGAGAUAGCAAAUCAAGAGAAAUAUAAUAGCAACCAUCACGAUCGAAAUAAAGAAGUCGUUCUAGAUAUAGACGAGACGUCGCUGUCUAAAUCUAUAAAUAAAGUUAAGAAAAUGUACAGAGACUCAGCAGCGUCGGGAGUAAAUAAGUUAGGUGGAAAAGGUGGAAAAGUUGGUAUAUUUUUAACCGACAACUGUACCACAGUUAUAGCUCAAAUAGGAACAACAGCCGUACUUCAUUGCGAAGUCAGUGACAUAACAGAAAACACGGUCACGUGGAUACGGAGGAAAGAUUACUCGCUGUUGUCGGUGGGUCUCGUCACUUACAGCGCCGAUAGCAGGUUCUUUUCAGCGCACGGACGACAUGUGAAGGACUGGGCGCUGCACAUCCGGUUCGCGACGUCGGCGGACGGCGGCUACUAUGAGUGUCAAGUGCCCACACAUCCCCCCACCAGCAUAUUUUUUAAACUAGUCCUAGUCGCGGCAUACGCGGAAAUCGUAGGCGAGUCAGAGAAGAUAAUCCACGAGGGUUCCAUGCUGAAGCUGGUGUGUAUCGUGAAGCGGUCUACGGAACCCCCUUCAUACGUGUUCUGGUACUUCGAGAACAGGAUGAUCAACUAUGACCUGAAUGGCGUCAGUGUCCACAACGGUCGUCAGACGAGUGAGCUGGUGAUCGGCAAGGCGGAGCCGCGACAUGCCGGCAACUACACCUGCGUGCCCGCUAACGCUAAAGCCGCCUCCGUCACCGUACAUGUUGUGCAGAGUGAGACCCCGGCUGCAAUGCAACACGGCAACAACUCGAGCGCUCGAGACCACUUGACCGUAUCAUUAAUUGUAUUUAUAUCAUUAACUUUAAUAAUGAAUCAUGGCUUCCAAGAGGUCGGAUAACGAUUCAUAAUAAAAAUGAACAUUGUAUAUUUCUGUAAGUGUUUUUAGUUGUAAAUAUACGUGUUUUGUACGAUUGCAUUGUUUGUCCGCCUUUUGUUGUGUUUAAUUAAAAUGAUAAUUCAUUAUUGUCAUCGAAAUUCGUUUAUUCGUUUAUUUCGUCGGAUGAGUAACGUUCGUUUGUGUUUUGCUAUUGUUGCGAGAUAGAACGGAAAACGUGGCUUAUUUUUUUUUAAUUACAAUCACGUUUGGAAUAGUAUUACAAUAUACAGCAAAACAAUUUGAAUUCUUUUCGUCGUUUUAAUAAAUACCAGAGAUUAAAUAAAAUUCGUUAAACAAUUCUGUUUCCCUGUGAGUAUUUUAAUAUUUGUUUUAUUUUAUUACAUUCUGUCACGCGCACUGUAAAUACAUUUUGUUUAAAAUGCCAGGCAUUUCGACACGAUUAGCGUAAUAUGUUUAUAUUUUGUUAACAUAACUAACACGGAUUCCAGUUUCGUCGUUGUUUGUGGUUCCUGAUAUUUACGAUUUCUAAACAACAAGAUUAACUGUCAUUAUACGUUUAAAAUUAACUGCAUUUUCAAUAAUACAUAAGUUGUACGAUGUUAAAUAAAUGGGUGAUAAUAUUAUCGCUGGCCCCGGGUAUCGAAGCGCUAAUAUAAAAAAUAGAUUUUUACAGGAGAAAUAAAAGAAACUAAUUUGCUUAUAGUGCUGUGUACAGUGAUCCAAUACAAAAAAAGCUAU